AUGCCACCUUCUCCAACGAAAAAAGCUCAUUCCGGUCGGCAUGAAAUCCGCCGGUCAGAAUAUGUCCAAGAUAUGAUUAGAUAUCAUUCCCAUCUAUUGCUCGCUGAGAAGGACUGUUCAAGAUUGGAGAAACUAUUGGGACGAUUGCGAGCUGAUGUUUCUGAUUUUCCGAUCCAUAGCAGACCAACUUUACCAAAAAAUAUAAAGUUGGUCCGCUAUGGAACUAAUCAUUUUACUCUUACGGAUGUUACGACAUUAUCUCAAGCAUGCAUGGCUGCAUGUUCCACAGAAUUGGUAGGGCGUUUUAUACAGCAUACACAAAGUUAUGAGGAAACAUUCAAAGCAGCAGAUAAGGUAGCUGAAGAAAUGGACAAAAACAUAACAGAAGAUGAUUUAGAAUAUGACACAGCUGGAUAA